AUGGAGCUUGUGCUUGUGCUUGUACUCGUGCUACCGAGGACACGAGAGCCAGCUGCGUCAAGUAGCUCUAACAAGCGUACCGUUUUCUCGCUUUGCAAGGUCGCUGCUCGCUCAAUUGAUAAGGUCAAGUCCCGUCGCUCAGCUCCACGCCAAUCAAAAGAACCUUGUAUCGUCAAUCGUCGCUGCAAUGCGCCGCUAAAACCAAAUACACAGCAUCAGCCCAUGAAUUGCAGACAAGUCGAAUCUAGAAAAGGUGCCACAAUGAAGCAGCAGCUUAUAAGAAGUAAUAAUGGCCAACAAGUUGCCGAGGUGAAAAGUGGCCAGCUAGACUGA